AACGUCUUGGGAGCAGCAGCAGCUGGGACGUCAUGUUGCUCGGCACGUCUCUUGCUCAGGGCCGGGACUCCAAACCCCAAACAGACCCUGUUGGGACUGCGGUCAUCCUGGAAUAUCAGCAAAGAGAGACUUUUGUGCAGUCCUCCCGUAGGACAAGGCCUGUGCGGCUGUGGCCAUGGCCAGACCUCUGACCGCCACUCUGCCCAUCGUCACUGACCUUCACAUUUGGGGAGCCUGGCCAUGCUUCCUCUGUCUCCUUCCUCCUUGAACCCUUCACCCCUUUAGGAAAAUGCAGAUAAAUCCCAACAUCCGGAGCAAGCGGAGGUUCACCGUGGCCCACACGCUUUGCUUUGACAUUGAGAAUGGCUUUUCUCCAGGCCGGAGCCCGCUGGAGUCCUUGGCCAACCCAAGCCUGGGGCUGGUGGUUCAGGGAUCCGCUUUGCAUGGACAGCGCCGGGAAUCGUUCCUCUACCGUUCUGACAGCGACUAUGACGUCUCCCCAAAUGCCAUGUCCCGUAAUUCCUCUGUGGCCAGUGAAAUGCAUGGAGAGGACCUGAUUGUGACCCCCUUUGCACAGGUCCUGGCCAGCCUUCAAACAGUGAGAAGCAACUUCACCGUUGUAACCAAUGUGCAGCAAGAGCGCAGCAGUAACAAGAAAGCCUCCAGCCCGCCUCCACCCAAAGUCAACCUUCCUGAAGAUGUUGUCCAUAAAUUGGCCAUGGACACACUGGAGGAGCUGGAUUGGUGCCUGGACCAGUUGGAAACACUGCAGACCCGCCACUCGGUCAGCGAGAUGGCCUCCAAUAAGUUCAAAAGGAUGCUCAACCGAGAGCUGACACACCUCUCCGAGACCAGCCGUUCGGGAAACCAAGUUUCCGAAUACAUCUCCAGCACCUUUUUGGGAAGACAGCCACUUGCCUCUGGUGGCACUGUGAGAAGGUCCUCCAUUGUGCAUGUGACAGGGCUCAGACAGCAUUGUAACAAGCAACAUGAAGUGGAAAUCCCGCCUGUGGUCCCUAAGGAGAAAGACAAGAAGAGGCGCCCCAUGUCUCAGAUCAGUGGUGUGAAGAAGCUCACACACAGCUCCAGCUUCAACUUGACAGCUGUCCCUCGCUUCGGGGUCCUGACAGAGCAGGAGGGGCCGCUGGCCAAGGAACUCGAGAAUGUGAACCGGUGGGGCCUGGACGUCUUCAAGAUCUCUGAAUACUCGGGCCACAGGCCCCUGACCGUCAUCUUGUACAGGAUCUUCCAGGAGAGAGACCUGUUGAAGACCUUCCAGAUUCCGGUGGACGUCUUCAUCACCUUCGUGAUGACGCUGGAGGACCACUACCACUCAGACGUGUCCUACCACAACAACAUCCAUGCGGCUGACGUGGCUCAGUCCACACACGUCCUGCUCUCCAUGCCAGCUCUGGAGGCCGUCUUCACCGACCUGGAGGUCCUGGCAGCCAUCUUUGCUGCCGCCAUCCACGAUGUCGAUCACCCAGGCGUCUCCAACCAAUUCCUGAUCAAUACCAACUCCGAAUUGGCACUGAUGUAUAACGACGUCUCGGUGCUGGAAAACCACCACCUAGCCGUGGGAUUCAAGCUCUUGCAAGAAGAAAACUGCGACAUCUUUCAGAACCUCACCAGAAAGGAACGGCAAAUGCUCCGGAAGGUGGUCAUCGACAUGGUCCUGGCGACAGACAUGUCCAAACACAUGAAUCUCCUGGCUGACCUGAAGACUAUGGUGGAGACCAAGAAGGUGACCAGCUCAGGAGUGCUGCUUUUGGACAACUACUCCGACCGCAUCCAGGUCUUGCAGAACAUGGUGCAUUGUGCCGAUCUCAGCAACCCCACCAAGCCACUGGAGCUUUACCAGCAGUGGACGGAGCGCAUCAUGGUGGAAUUCUUCCACCAGGGGGACCGCGAGCGGGAGAAGGGCAUGGAGAUCAGCCCCAUGUGCGACAAACACAAUGCCUCCAUUGAGAAGUCCCAGGUGGGCUUCAUCGACUACGUCGCCCACCCGUUAUGGGAGACCUGGGCCGACCUGGUCCACCCAGACGCCCAGGGGAUCCUGGACACGCUGGAGGACAACCGGGAGUGGUACCAAAGCACAAUCCCGAACAGCCCGCCGCCACCGCAGACGCCGCGUUUACCCGACGAAGAAGAGAAGUUCAAGUUCACUUUGCAGGAGGAGGAGGACAGCGAUGACGAGGCGACUGAGGAGGAGGAGGAGGAGAGCGGGAAGUCCAAAGCCACGGAGGGCUCUGCAUCGCCAAACGAGCCUUCGGAGAACCUCGUGGUCAAGCAGGAGGAGGUCCCGGGUGCUGUCGAGCAAAGGAUGGCCCUGCCAAAGGAACCCAAGCUGAGUCUUGACCAAGAAGACAAUCUCACCUCUGGGACCCUGGGGACGUAGUCAGCAGAUCGCACCCCAAAAGUGUUGCUCAGCACAGGGUGACCUUCUUUGUGGACCUCUCCUUCCCUUAAAGCAGAGCUUUCCGAACUGUGUGUCAGGACAUGCCAGGGCCUAUAAGCCACAGGCAUGUCGCAUGGGAAGGGAAGCACAGCAUGGAGUUGGAAGGGGUCCCCAAAGGGUAUCUAGUCCAACCCCAUUCUGCCAGGAAGGAAGACAUUGUGAAAGCCCUCCCAAUAGACAGCCAUCCAGCCUCAGUUCAGAAAACUCCAGAGAAGGAAGGAGAAUCCACUGGAAGAGAGCCCCAAACUGUAUCUAGUCCAACCCACUUCAAUCAGACAGAAAUAUGCACAACCAAAGCCAUCCCAAUAGACAGCCAUGCAGCCUCAGUUCAGAAACCCCCAGAGAAGGAAGGGGAAUCCACUGUAAGAGAACUCCAAAGGGUAUCUAGUCCAAUCCACUUCAAUCAGGCAGGAAUAUGCACAACCAAAGCCAUCCCAACAGACGGCCAUGCAGCCUCAGUUCAGAAACUUCUAGAGAAAGAAACUCCACUCGACUCUAGUGAAGGAUAGGUAUUCUAUCCUUCACUAGAGUUGGAAGGGGCUCCCAAAGGGCAUCUAGUCCAACCCCUUUCUGACAGGCAAAAAGCUCUCCCAACAAAUGGCCAUCCAGCCUCAGUGCAGAAACCUCCAGAGAAGGAAGGAGAAUCCACUGUAAGAGAACCCCAAAGGGUAUCUAGUCCAACCCACUUCAAUCACGCAGGAAUAUGAACAACCAAAGCCAUCCUAACAGACGACCAUGCAGCCUCAGUUCAGAAACCCCCAGAACAGGAAGGAGAAUCCACUGUAAGAGAACCCCAAAGGAUAUCUAGUCCAAUCCACUUCAAUCAGGCAGGAAUAUGCACAACCAAAGCCAUCCCAACAGACGACCAUGCAGCCUCAGUUCAGAAACCCCCAGAGAAGGAAGGAGAAUCCUCUGUAAGAGAACCCCAAAGGAUAUCUAGUCCAACCCCUUCAGACUGGCAGGAAGACACAGUUAAAGCCCUUAUGACAGAUGGCCAUCCAGCCUCAGUUCAGAAACUUCUAGAGAAAGAAACUCCACUCGACUCUAGUGAAGGAUAGGUAUUCUAUCCUUCACUAGAGUUGGAAGGGGCUCCCAAAGGGCAUCUAGUCCAACCCUUUUCUGCCAGGCAAAAAGCUCUCCCAACAGAUGGCCAUCCAGCCUCAGUGCAGAAACCUCCAGAGAAGGAAGGAGAAUCCACUGGAAGAGAGACCCAAAGGGCAUCUAGUCCACCCCCCCUCAAAAAUGAAGGAAUGUAUACAACCAAAGCCCUCCCAACUGACAGCUGUCCAGCCCCAGAUGAAUAGAGUACUUUAAAUCACUACAGAAGUGGGGUGCUAGGGCUUGUUCAAGUGAUCAUAGGGACUGUUCUAACUUCUAAAAAAAUAAUUUGCAUAGUUUGUUGCUUGAACUGCAGUCAUUUCCACUGAAAUAGAGUAGUUUCUAAUUCCAAAAAAUCUAUUGACAACUAAAUUUGUGACUAACUGCACACAGUGACCUUAAGAAGAAACCACAACAAUCAACAGUAGCACAUAAGAAGCAUUAACCUUGUUUAUAGAAUAAUGAUUAUAUGAAACUUAUAUGUUUGUGUUUAUGGUUCAACUGCCGAUUUGCUAGUAAAAUUCAAUAGCCGCAUUAGAAAAGGAUGCUUUUCUAAAAAGUGUGUCACCAAAGUGAAAAGUUUGGAAAACUCUGCCUUAAAGAAAUGGAUGGGAUUUCAGCCUGGAAGGGUGAAAAAGAGCAGGGCAAGAACCUUGGUGACUUUAUUUCCCCAGUUUUCUUGUGGGAUUUCCUCUGUAUCUUUUAGUGAAAAAGAACCUUUCUCUGUGAAAAUAUCUAACUUUUGCAAAGUUUCUCCUAGCCAUGUUUCCAUCAACUUUACUUGUUCUUUGCACUAAUUUCUAAACACCCAAAUGAUGUCUCAGCUUAUUUAUUUCUGCUAUUAACUUUUUAGAUAAAUAUUUAUAU